AUGUGGCUGUGCUUCCUCUCAUGUGUAAUAUGUUCCCACGGUCGUGGUCUCAUCAGCGGCUCCCCAAGAGUAUCACCUGAUACGUCUUCAGGACCAAGCUUUGGAAUAAGGGGUUCAGGCUCAGGUUUUGGAACAGGGGUUCAGGCUCAGUUUUGGAACAGGAGUUCAGGCUCAGGUUUUGGGACAGGGGGUUCAGGCUCGGGUUUUGGAGCAGGAGCUUCAGGUUUAGGUUUUGCAAGAGGAGGUUUAGUCUCAGGUUUUGCAAGAGGAGGUUUAGCCUCAGGUUUUGGCUCAGGAGGAUGUUGUCCCGGAAGUCCCCCCCACCUUAUAUUCCUGGGGCCAACUGUUGAGACGAACAUCGCGUUCAUUCGAGCACCAGAACAAGGACAAGGGCUAGACCCUAUUGUUAUACCUCCUUCUAGACAAGAACACAUUGUGUAUACUGCCCUGAACGCAGCUUCCCAAGGUGGUGGUCAAGUGGUUGGAGGCUUUGGGGGGAGGCUUCAGAGGCAGGGGAAGGAACGGUGGGUUCGGAAGUGGAAGAAAUGGAUUCGGAGGAUUUGGGGAAGCAGUGGAUUCGGAGAAAGUGGUGUAAACGGUGGAUUCGUAGUACCUAGAGGAAGUGGAUUCGGAACCCAGUGCUAUCAAGGGCGGUUCUCAUUUACUAGGGCACCUUCAGGCUACCAGUGCCAAAGAGCACAGAGCGUGUGUAACAUGGAGCAUUAUAGCGGAACAAUCUUUGUUAUACCAAAUUGGUCUAAUAAGUACCCAGAGGUUCCUGACAUUAAUGAACGACUUGGUUAUCCUUUGACUUAG